GAACGGAUGUUUGUCGGGAGAAGAAACACCGGAAGUUCAUGGACGCAGGCGUCACUUUUAAAGCUUGUUAACCGUCGUUGUCUUGGUGUUGUGUCAAUUUGUAAACAACAAUAAGGCUAAAGACUUAGCCUUUUAAUUCACAGCAAUGGACAAACCGUAGAUUAAAUUCGAAAAGUUUUCACUCCAACUACGUAACUGAAACCUGGGAAUAUCAUGGACAACCUGGAUUUCUCAGAAGAGGAAAUACAAGAACAACUGGCGAUUCUGGGCUACAGGAACAUCCCGAGACAAAAACUCCAUGAAUUCAAGCAAGAUCUUGAUGCACUGAUACAAAAUGGAGACUGGAAAUCCUUUGCUUCAGGAGACCAUAAAAACGUCAAACCUCCUGCAGUUGUAUCUCGGCAAACUAUUUCUGCUUACAGCAGACAAAGGGAUCUAGAUGAUCUGAUCCAGUGUAAAGAUUGGACUACUGCUUCAGGCCACCACGUAGACGUCACACAACCAUCUGUGGCCACAUCUAAGCCAAGUCCGCCUGCCUACAUCAAAGAAAAAGUUGGUCAGUGCUACAUUAAAAGUCACGAUGAAGGAUUCUUUUUGCAUUCACCGAAGGGGGAUCAUGAGAAACAAGUACUCACCACAUGUCAGAACAGAGACUACGGUCAGCAGCAGAGGUUCGUUGAUUCCUACGCACAGCACUCAGUGGCUCCAAAGUUCAGGCUGCCUGCAGGCGCCCCCUGCAGGCUGCAGGUGGAGCCAGAUCCCGAGGAGCCAGAGGACACACUAAACCCAACCAUCACAGACAGCUACACAUCAUCCCCAGACAACCAGGGGAGACGCCUCAUCAAGAGAAAAGUUCUCAGGAAACAUAAAGGACAGUCUCAGGUCUACGAUGAAUCGUUCUACAGUGAAGACUCAGAAGCUGCCAGUUCAGUGGAAGAACGUCUGGCAGAGCUGGAUCUGUCGGCACCUGCUCACCGCGACUCUGACGCAGAGAACGACCUCAGCUCCGAGACAGAGGGGGCGAUGAGGAGCGCAUUUGAAUCUUACAUCAGAGGCAUGAGUCACGCAGAAGGUGACCUCAGGCCCAAACCCAAAUCUUUCAUUCGACCUGUGAUGACUCAGCAGAACAUGAAGAAGUCUGAUCCAGUCAGCAGGUAUUUUGAGUACAAACAGUUCUGGGAAAUGUACAAACUCCCUGGAGAGAAGGACAGAAGAGAUCUGCGCUGGGAGAUCAGGGACCGUCUUGCAUACCAGCCUCCUCCACCUAAACCUCGGAGAGUCUUCGAACCAAACACCUACGUUGUGCCAACGGAGAAGAAACGCUCGGCUCUGCGCUGGCAAAUCAGGAACGACCUGGCCAACGGGCUCCUCCCUCACAAAUACAGCUACAGAUUUUAGACACAGUUUUUCUACAGAACUACAGACAAUUUUAUUUUUUUUGGAUCACUUGUUAUUUAUUCAUCUUUUUGAUAAUGAACU